UUGGUUAUGUUUGGGAUCCAAGAUAAAGAAAAUAAAAAUAUCAACUUCGUUAAAUCAUUAGCUAUGAACACAGAUAGUAUCAGCUCUAAAGACUUUUUUAUAGCUAGUCAAUUGGAUAAAAGUAAUCGAUUCACAGCAAAGAAAAUGGUUAAUGAAUUACAAGAAAUAGCAAAAAGUAGUAAAAUUUUCGAGAAUGAUAAUAUUUCUACAGAACAAGAAAUAAAAUCUUGA